UGGUGUGAUAUUGGUAGAUUCGGUAUUUUGUAUGGUGUGAUAUUGGUAGAUUCGGUAUUUUGUAUGGUGUGAUAUUGGUAGAUUCGGUAUUUUGUAUGGUAUGAUAUUGGUAGAUUCUGUAUUUUGUAUGGUAUGAUAUCGGUAGAUUCGGUAUUUUGUAUGGUGUGAUAUUGGUAGAUUCAGUAUUUUGUAUGAUAUGAUAUUGGUAGAUUCGGUAUUUUGUAUGGUAUGAUAUUGGUAGAUUCAGUAUUUUGUAUGGUAUGAUAUUGGUAGAUCUAAUAUUAAGUAUCUCAGGAUAUUGUAGAAUUCGGAUGUGUAACUUGGUUGACAUAAUAUGCUUUACUUACUUGCCAUUUUUAGGUAGUAUUAAUAGCGUGUUAAUAUGGUGAUGAUAAAUGUCGAAUAUGAAUAUAUUUUUAAUAUAUCCUACUUUUUGAUGUGUAUCUCUAUGCUUUGCUUUCAUUGUUGCAAUAUUGCAUGUAUUAGAAAUGCUGUAUGUUAUCUGCCAUUUGCUGUUAGGAUUUGUUUACAAGAAAUACGUUUGGAAAGCAUGCUAGAGAUACGAAACUGAAGAAAAAAUCUCCUCAUGGUUAUAAUUUGAACCAUGAUGUGUUUUUGUUUCCAUGUGGUUUUUAGGGAACUCCUUACCAAAUGAUGACUGUAAAUGGCUCCCAGAUCAAAAUGAUCAGAGCUGUUAUGACGAAGAAGACAUAAAAGGCAUUCUUGAGAAUAUAAGACAUUACAUGGCAUACAGUAGUAAGCGAGAAUGUGUUCAGCAAGGAGGACUAACUAUUGAACAAGUAGCAGCAGAAGCUGAGGAAGAAGAAGCUCAUACAGAUCCUUUGGGAGCCACUCAGCAGACGGAUAGAAAUGGAGAAGCAGAAGAAACAAGGCAGCAGUGGUUUUUGGGUUCCGAGUCAGACCUAGUGAAGGACGGGUUGUCAGAAGUCUCGAGAGAUAACCAGUUAGCUUAUGAUCAGAUUGAAAGAAUGUCGAGUGUGUUACCAACAAUGUGGCUUGGAUCCCAAGAUGGCAGGUGAGUGUGUUGUAUUAGUUUAUUAAUAUUUGUACAUCAUUGGAAAGAAUGUGAAGUGUGUUACCAACAAUGUGGCUUGGAUCCCAAG